UUUUUUUUAAGUGAUAGCAGUUGUAACGGAUGAAGUGAGAAGCAAUUGCAUCACUGUUUGGGUUGUAGUAUUUGUCAUAGUGUGGUUGACUUCAAAGCUAGUAUGUUUAAGUAAAGAUGUAACCAAAAGCAAAAUAGCUAUUUAAAAAUUGUUUUAGGCCACUAUUCUAAAACCUUUCCAAUAUCUUGAGAAUUGUUUAUAUUUGUCCUAAUUUGGGUGUUAUCAAAGCUAGUUUAAGUAAAAAUUCACAGUUGUCAUUUGACAGUGUUGUUGUUGCAGUAACAGUCAAACCGCCAGCACCAAUCACAGACAUCCUACAGAAUUGCUGUAUCCUCAUUGGCUUACUCAGCAGUUUGUUUUGAUUUUGCCACAACAUGCUUAAAGAGGGCAUUAAAAAGAGUCUGUUUACUCCAAUGUGGCCAUUGAGGGCGUGGCUACAAAUCACAAACAAACACACACUCCCCCUCCCCAUAUCCGUCACUCUACUAAUCAAAGUAUACACUUUUUUUAAUGCAGGGUGGGGUCCGGCACUUUAUGGGCGUGGAUCUUGCAAGGAUACUUGCUCACGCAUUGUGUGCCUGUUUGAUUGGGCGAGUGUCAGGCGGUCGGGUGGAUUUAGAGUGCAGCUGCUUGGCUAACACGAUGUGGCGGCACGCCCCAAGGAAUUUAGGUCAAAUUUAAAUCUGCAGACAAGGAUGUACAUUGUCAUGGGGAACCUCCUUAAAGUUUUGACAUGCACAGACCUUGAGCAGGAGCCCAACUUUUUCCUUGAUUUUGAAAAUGCCCAGCCGACAGACGCAGAGCAGGAGACGUGGGAAGAGGUGGAUGUGGUCCUGAAGGAUGCACGGGGAGUACUUGACGAAUUACAGGCGUAUAAAGGCGCCGGGCAAGAGAUACGAGAGGCAAUCCAGAAUCCCAAUGAAGAGGCAUUACAAGACAAGGCAUGGUCUGCUGUGGUGCCUUUAGUAGGCAAACUAAAGAAGUUCUACGAAUUUUCACAGAGAUUAGAAGCAGCUCUACACAGUCUGUUAAGAGCACUCACAAGUGAAAAAUAUGAUGACCCAACGCAGCACCUGGAGAGAGAACAGGCCCUUGCUAAACAGUUCGCUGAGAUCCUGCACUUCACACUCCGCUUUGAUGAGCUUAAGAUGACAAAUCCUGCCAUUCAGAAUGACUUCAGCUAUUACAGGAGAACCCUGAGUCGCAUGAGGAUCAAUAAUGUUCCUGCUGAGGGAGAAAACGAGGUGAAUAAUGAACUAGCCAAUAGGAUAUCUCUGUUUUACGCUGAUGCCACACCCAUGCUGAAGACAUUAAGUGAUGGCACAACAAAGUUUGUAUCUGAGAAUAAGAACUUGCCCAUUGAAAACACCACAGAUGUAUUAGGCACAAUGGCAAGCGUGUGCAAAGUUAUGUUGGAAACCCCAGAGUAUCGUAGCCGAUUCAACAGUGAGGAGACCGUUUCCUUCUGUCUGCGUGUCAUGGUGGGGGUCAUCAUCCUCUACGAUUAUGUCCAUCCCGUCGGCGCAUUUGCAAAAUCCUCCAAAAUAGACAUGAAAGGCUGUAUUAAAGUGCUCCGAGAUCAGCCACCAAAUAGUGUGGAAGGUCUACUAAAUGCUCUCAGGUACACAACAAAACAUCUUAAUGAUGAGUCAACCAAUAAGACCAUAAAAAGCAUGCUGCAGUAGCAACAAGCUCUGGGACAAACACGACUGGCCUCAAGUACAUGCUCAGGAGAUGCACACACACACACACACACACACACACACUCUCUCUCUCUCUCUCCUGGACUAAAGCGAUGCACAGAAUGUUAUUCCUUUUUUAUUAAACAGAAAAGAAUCAGACAAAAGCUUCUCUAUUCUUUCCUUGUCUUUUUACAAAGCAGAUGCUACUGGCAUUAUGUGUGGUUUUCUGUGCCAAAAUGGUUUUGCUGAAUUCCUUGUUUUUAAUAUUUCUGAAAUACAGCCAUGCUACUGAUGGCAGCUAUGAAAGCAUUGUUAGAUUAUAUUUGUGGUUAUUGUGUUAAUUUAGCUUGUUUCCCGAUAAAGGGAGGGUGAAUGUUUUGACUUGAACAUAAAAAUAUCUAUAUAUUAUCUAUAUGAUCUAGAAAUACACAUUAUAUUAAAAGAGAGAAAUAUAUUAUUUUUGUUUGAAUUAAUAUUUAAUGUUACAUCCACUGCAUGGCAACCUGAUUCCAUUUCUUCAAAUUCAAAGUUUAAAAUUCAUUUGUCUGCUUGAUUGUGUGUAAAAGGUGUUUAAAUUAAGUUUUGAAAUUAUAAUGGUACUUGCAUAUUAAAAAGUGGAGAUAAAUUGAUAGAUAUUUUCAAGUUUUAUAUUUUUUAUAGUUCUUGAUUUAUGUAUUUUUUUUUCUUAGUUGUUAUACAUUUCUGUUUUUUUUUUUCUUUUCUUGUCUGAAAACUAACUUUCAAAAACUGUGAUAGGUUGUAAUCUGUUGUGUCAGAUGUGAUGACAAUAUGAUCUUGAGAUUAAAUAAAAUGCUUUCAUUUUUUAUAAUGGUUUUACUAUUUUAAAUGCUUUGUUGCCAAGGUAUAUGCAAACAAAGGCUGUUUUUAUUUGGUGUUAUGCAAAUCAACUGUGGUGAUGCACUCCUGAACAUAUGGCCACUCUUAUUGGUGUGAGGGAUAUUGCAUGAAUGUUUGCACUGGUCCUAAUAUUCGCUGCACCACUUUUACAAAGUCUAAUAUCAAAUCAAAGUGCUGCACUGAUUUCUGCUGUUACAAUAUUUAUCUGUAUUAUAUUAAAUGAUUUGUCUGGAGAAAAAAAAAAGUUUUACUCUGU